AUGAGAGCUAGAAAGAGAACAUCGGAGUUUGUUAAGUACCAAAAACUCAUUUAUCCUACUGAAAGAAUCCGUAGAAUAAAAUCAUUUUCCACAACGAGAUGGACUUCUCAUGACCGUGUUAUCAUUGUUAUUUUUGAAAAAUAUAAAGCAUUAUAUGAAACUUUAGAAUGUUUACUUAAGUCAACUGACAGAGUUACAUCAUCUGGUGCAAAGAAUAUUCUGAAUGUAAUAUCAUCGUUUGAUUUUGUUAUAACAAUGAUAUUAUUAAGAAAAAUAUUUUCUAUUACAACACCACUAUCAAACUACUUACAAUCUAAAUCAGUAGACUUUAUUGAAGCUCUGCGUUUAAUCAAUACUUCUAAAGAACAAUUAGCUAAGAUGAGAAGUGACAAAAAAUAUGAGGAAAUGGUAAAAGAAGCAAAACAAUUUGCUAACAAUCAUAAUCUAACAGAAGUAGACUUUAAAGAAUCAAGAAAACGUACUAAAAAAAUUUUACCUGGAGAAAAAGCUUCCGAUGAAGUACAGAGCUCAUCAUUCGACAAGUAUCGAUGUCAUACAUACUUUACAGUUUUGGACAAAGUAAUUACUUCAAUUCAAUCUCGAUUCAAUGACUCUAACAAUAUAUUAAAAGAUUUUACACUUUUAUCACCAGAAAGAUUAAGGAAAUUUAAAAAUGAAAAUCAACAUCUUCCUCAAGAUAGUUUUGCUGACCUAGUGGCUUGGUUACCAGAAAUUGAUAUAAAUCAACUACGUAAUGAGUAUAUUAUUUUUUCUAAAAGUUUUGAUGAUCUUACAUCAGGUAUAGAUUUACCUACUUUGUUGCAUUGCCCAGAAUCAAUUUCAUCAAGUGAAAGUUGUGAAGAAGAAGAAAAAAAUAUAACUCAAGAUGAACAAAUUAAUAUGACAAAAAUUGGUGUUAGUACUAUUCUUUAUACAUUGUCCAAGUAUGAUUUGUCAGCAGCGUUUCCCAAUUUGUAUAUAGCAUACAAAGUCUUAGGGACUAUACCAGUUACAUCUGCAUCUGCGGAAAGAUCAUUUUCCAAAGUUAAACUUAUUAAGACACGUUUACGUUCUACAAUGGAUCAGGCCAUCAGGGACACAAUAACACUCUUGGGAAAAUCAUCCGAUGUGUUAAAAAAAGCAUUAUUAUUUAAAUGA